AUCAUAAAAAAAAAAGUUAGUGCAGAAACACAAAGUGGUGACACAUUUUCUAAUUUUCUCUGAAAAUUUUCUUGAUCGUACCACUAAUCCCAAUCUUCAAGGACAUUCGCAACCCCAAAACCCCAUUUUUUUGUUGUAUAAAGUUGGUUAUGGGAAAGAGAAAGAGAAGAGCUGACCUCAACAAGACUCCUCCUCCUGCAGACCUGAUGCCACCCUCACCCGGAAUGGAUGCAUUGUCGAAACAGAAGUUCUCUCAUCAAGUCGACAGCAGUGGAAUAAAGUCUUUUUUAACCAUUGCGGGGGAUAUCAUGGAUGGUCCUGUGAAGGUAACACAAGGCCAACAAUCAUCUAUUGUUCACCGUCGAAAUAUUGACCUUCUAAAGUCUCUGAGGCAUCCGCGUCACUAUGGCCGUCAUUAUUCUCGACGAAGGUCUGCUAGUAAUGCUGAGGCAUCAGCUUCCCAUGGUGGUUAUACACCUUCUUAUGAUGAGAAGUGGUCUUUAAAGAUGGCAAGCAAAUGCUCUACAGAUUCUGGACAUGACACAGAUAAUAGGCAAAAAACAGUUCACAGAACAGAAGGUGUUCCGUCUAGUUCAUUGGCAACGAGGGUGAUGUCAUCCGAUGCAGGGAAACUCUUUUGUGUAUUAUGCAACAAGUUUUUGAAGAAGGAACCCUACAUUGUCCUUGAAAACAGUUUGCCUAUAGGCGAGACGUCUAUAGUGGCAGUCUUAGCUUGUGGUCAUCUUUACCAUGCUGAUUGUUUGGAACAGAGAACGAACCGUGAAGAUAGACAGGAUCCGCCCUGUCCAAUUUGUCUCGGCUUGGUUUCUCACGUCGAUGCAUCAGUAGAACUGGAUUGAGUCGUAGGUCAGCUUCUUUACCUGGAUACUGAUCAUCUUUUUGGAGAUUAGAAUCAUCUAGGGAGAUACAAUCUUGUACAUGAUUUUGAAUGUUUUUUUUUGUAUCUUCAAAUAUUGUAUAGUAAGAAGUUGAAAAAUGAUAAAUGGGAAUCAUGUAUGGUAACUUUUUAAAUGUUGUAUGAUACUGUGGUUAGUUCA